CUGACUUUGCUUAAAGCCGUCACACAACAUCUGAUAACUAUGAAGCAUAAGCCUACGAGCCUUAUUUACAAAUAUAUCAUCAACUCCUUCCUCCAAAUUAUAUAAAGGCCUGAAACUCUUAUCAGAUCAAGCGUCUGUUGUACAGAGUGUGUUAUUUAUUAUCUUGUUUUUGGAAAGAGUUGUUAAUGAACGUAAUUGUCUGUCAUUUUUUCUAUUCUUGAAUUUUUUUUUUCGACCACAAAAACUGCUAUUGUCAUAGCAAGUUAUUUCCUCUUUGCCGUGUGCAUCUUAAAUUGUUCGUUUUACCAUCUUUUGUAUCAGUAAUCUCCCUUAAUUAAUAAAUCUCGUUUCCUAAUCGUUUGUUUUAUGAUGCGCUUGCGACAGAUUAACUUUCCUCCUUUGUUUGGCAAACGGUCAUCCGAAAAUACAUCUCCAGAGGAUCAACUGGAGAAAAACAUUCAUGAAGAGACUGUUCAGCCAGUUGAUGGAUUUGAUACCCAUUUCGACAAUAAAGAUGAAAAAUAUCACCAAGUUGACCUUGUGCCUACUUUUAAUCCUGAAUCUGAGCUGGCUGGUAUUGUUAAAGCAGAAUACCUCGUCGAUAGCUGGUCCACUGCAUCCUUUUAUUUUUCCUACUUUUCCGUUUUCCUCAUGUUCUUCGUACUUAGUUUUCAGUCCAUGAGUUACACUAGUUUGUCUACUUACGCAACUUCAUCCUUCCAAGGUCAUUCUUUACUAGCCACCAUCGGUACCGCUAACAAUAUCAUCAGUGCGGUCAUCAAACCACCUUUGGCUCGAAUUUCGGAUGUUUUUGGCCGCUUGGAGGCUUUCUGCUUUGCGCUUCUUCUCUACGUCGUUGGUAUCAUCGUUAUCGCUACAUCCAAGAAUGUUCAAACGUACGCUGGCGGUAGUAUUCUUUACAAUGCUGGCUAUACAGGUCUUGAACUCAUCUUGACCAUUUUUUUGGCAGAUUCUUCAAGUACAGCCAAUCGUUCUCUUGUAAUCGGUAUAUCCUCUCUGCCCUUUGUCGUAACCGUUUGGGUCGGUCCCCCAAUCAGUCAAACCAUGCCAAAUAGAUGGAGAUGGGGAAUUGCAAUGUGGUGUAUUCUCCUCCCAGUUUGCGCUCUGCCCUUCAUUGUCGUAUAUGCCUACCAUCAAUAUAAAGGUUGGAGAAAAGGUGCUUUUAAGGAUACUUUAACCAUAAAUAUCAUUAGUCUUUUCAAGAAACUCGAUAUUAUUGGUCUCAUCCUUAUGACAGCCGGAUUUUCUCUCUUCUUGUUGUCAAUCUCUUUGGCCGGCUCCGACAAUAGCAAGUGGAGCGACGCAAAGUAUAUAGUCAUGAUUGUUAUCGGCGGCGUUUGUAUCAUUGCUUCCAUCUUGUAUGAACUUUAUGUUGCUAGCUUCCCUGCAAUACCUUUCAACUUGAUGCGUGAACCCACCAUUGGUGCUGCUUGCGUUAUUUCAUUACUUUUCUAUGUCACUUUUUAUUGCUGGGACAAUUACUACUCAAGUUUCUUACAAGUUGUUCACUAUACUUCUGUUCGUGCUGCUACUUACAUCGCCUACACGUAUUCUUUGACUUCGUGUGUUACAAGCUUUAUCUUGGGAAUUAUUAUUCGUUUUCAUAAGCGCUUUAAACUUUACUUCCUCAUUGCUGUUCCCAUCUAUAUACUUGGUCAAGGCUUGAUGAUCCGUUAUAGAGGAGAAGAGUAUAAUCGUGGUUACCUUGUGAUGACUCAACUCUUCGUCGGUAUCGGUGGUGGUAUUUUUGCCAAUCUUAUAACCGUUUCUGUUCAAACAGUGGUUAAAAGAGAGCAUUUUGCUAUUGUUACAGCCUUAGUCCUUACAAUCACUCCCAUUGGUGGUGCCAUUGGAAGUGCAAUUUCUAGUGCCAUCUGGAAUAAUGUUAUGCCCAAACAACUUGAACAGCUGCUUCCUGAAAGUACAAAAGACAAGGCAUCUUCUAUUUUCGAAGAUCUAAAACAACAAACAGUCAGUUACCCCAGAGGCACUGAUACCAGGGAGGCAAUUAUCAAAGCUUACUGCUAUGUUCAAAAAAUAUUGACCAGUGUCGCUACUGGAUUUGCUGGCGCCUUAUUAAUUCCUAUAUGGUUUGUUGCCAACCCUAGAUUGAGCCAGAAGAGUAUUACUGCUUUUGAAAAAGCAAGAACUGCUCUUUAUAAUUAAAUUCGAAUUGUUUCAAAAUGUUAUAAUCUCUUGAUGUUUUUUUAUUUUUUUUUUAUUUAUUUAUUGCCGC